CAGUGCGUAAGUGAAUGGCGCUGUUGCCGGUGAGUUAGCGUCAGGGCUGGAACCUGCUGCAGCAACAUGGAGUGAAAUUAGAAGGAAAAUAACAAGCAGCGGGGAAGGGAAUUUUUGAGUGUUGGGUGGUACUGAAAAUUUGUGGAGGAAUCCUUUAGUUUACACUCGGGCUUUGAAAUUCUUUAUAAACCCGACAACAAGCCGAAACCAAAAAUGGCUGCAAAUAGCCUUGUGUUGCCCAUAGUACUGUGGGGCCCCAAAGCUCCUACACAUUGUAUUUCAACAUUACUGGUUAUGGAUGAUUUGGCAACCAUUGUUACAGGAUGUCAUGAUGGACAGAUUUGUCUUUGGGAUCUAACUUCAAAAUUGGAGAUCAUUCCUCGGGCCUUGCUGUUUGGCCACACCGCAUCUAUCACUUGUCUUUCUAAAGCUAGUGCCAGCAGUGAUAGACAAUACAUCGUCAGUGCAUCUGAAAGUGGAGAAAUGUGUCUUUGGGAUGUGAAUGAUGGACGAUGCAUCGAAUUUACUAAACUGGCAUGCACUCAUACUGGCAUUCAAUUUUAUCAGUUCAGUGUUGGAACUCAACGCGAAGGAAGACUGCUAUGCUACGGACAUUAUCCGGAAAUCCUUAUAGUCGAUGCCGUUAGCCUGGAAGUGCUUUAUUCUUUGGUGUCCAAGAUUUCUCCUGAUUGGAUUAGUUCAGUGAGCAUUAUACGUUCACUGAGAACACAAGAGGACACUGUGAUAGCAGUUUCAAUGACUGGAAUUUUGAAGGUGUGGAUUAUUACUGCUGAAAUCAAUCGAAUGCAGGAUACUGAACCAGUAUUUGAAGAGGAAUCUAAACCUAUUUACUGCCUGAACUGCCAAAGCAUUUCAUUUUGCACAUAUACACAGCAAUCUCUGCUGGUAGUAUGCUCCAAAUAUUGGCGGGUGUUUGAUGCUGGAGAUUUUUCUCUGCUCUGCUCAGUAUCUAGCACUAAUGAUCAGUAUUGGACUGGGGGUGAAUUUGUAGAUGCUGAAAAAGUUGUCAUUUGGACAGAAGAUGGGAGUAGCUUCACUUACCAGCUACCACCCAGCUGCUUACCAGCCAGUGAGUCCUUCCGCAGUAAUGUUGGCAAAGCCAUUGAGAACUCCAUUCCUCCAUUAUUAUUUAAGGUGCUGGACUGGAAAGAUAAAUCUAGUGUCCAUCAUCUAGAGUCUGGGUAUUUGGGGGAGGCAGUUGUCCACGUUCCUCAUGAGUGUUACCCUGACCCUAUAAAGGCCUGGGAGCUCUACACACCGCAGCUGUUAUCUUGUGUUCGGUCUUUUGAGGCACCACUUCUCAUCUGUCCACCUGUUACACGGUUCUUUUAUGGUCGUAGAGAACCCUUCCUUAAGUUACUGAUUCAGGGAGAUUCAUCAGGGAGACUCUCAAUAUGGUGUAUUCCUGAAACAGUAGACUUGAAUCAGAAAGGUACCGUUCAAGAGUUGAAAGUCACCACUUCUGCAUGCUUACAAGAUACAUUUGAUCAUCUUGUUCCAAGGCCUGCUGGAAUUAUAGACCAGCUGAGCACACUUCCUGGCAGUGAAGAGCCUUUGAAGGUGACAGCUAGUGUUUACAUUCCCUCUCAUGGGCGUCUGGUAUGUGGACGUGAAGAUGGCAGUAUUGUUAUUGUGCCAGCCACUCAGACUGCUAUCGUACAGCUACUGCAAGGAGAACACAUGCUAAGACGAGGCUGGCCCCCUCAUCGAACUCUUCGUGGACAUCGAAGCAAAGUGACAUGCCUGUUGUAUCCACACCAAGUCUCAGCUCGCUAUGAUCAGCGUUACUUGGUGUCAGGUGGAGUAGAUUUCUCUGUAAUCAUCUGGGAUAUCAAUUCUGGUGAAAUGAAACAUAUCUUCUGCAUCCAUGGUGGAGAAAUCACCCAACUGGUCGUACCACCUGAAAAUUGUAGUUCUCGAGUUCAGUACUGUAUCUGCUCAGUUGCCAGUGAUCACUCGGUGGGUCUUCUCAGCCUUCGAGACAAGAAAUGCAUAAUGCUCGCAUCAAGGCAUUUAUUUCCUAUUCAAGUCAUCAAAUGGAGACCUUCUGAUGAUUACCUAGUGGUUGGUUGUUCUGAUGGGUCUGUUUAUGUCUGGCAAAUGGAUACUGGUGCGUUGGACCGAUGUGUAAUGGGAAUUACUGCGGUGGAAAUAUUGAAUGCUUGUGAUGAAGCUGUUCCAGCUGCUGUAGAUACCCUCAGUCAUCCUGCUGUAAAUCUAAAACAGGCCAUGACUCGGCGGAGCCUCACUGCUUUGAAACAUAUGGCACAUCACAAACUACAGACACUUGCUACCAAUCUUUUGGCCUCUGAAGCUGCUGAUAAGGGAGCUUUACCAAAGUAUUCCCAUAAUGCCCUAAUGGUUCAAGCCAUGAAGACCAACCUGACAGAUCCAGAUAUCCAUAUAUUAUUCUUUGAUGUGGAAGCUCUGAUCAUCCAGUUGCUAACAGAGGAAGCAUCCAGACCCAAUCCCACUCUUAUUUCUCCAGAGAGUCUCCAGAAAACACCAGGCAGUGCAGACAAAAGCAGUUCUUUCCUGACUGGGAAGAGAGCAGCUGUCCUCUUCCAACAGGUGAAGGAAACUAUCAAAGAGAAUAUUAAGGAGCAUUUGCUGGAUGAUGAUGAUGAUGAUGAUGAAAUGAGGAGGCAGAAGAGGGAAGAAAGUGACUCAGAAUAUAAGGGCAGCAAAUCAAAGCCACUCACACUGUUAGAGUACAACCUAACAAUGGACACUGCCAAACUAUUCAUGUCCUGUCUUCACGCUUGGGGAUUGAAUGAAGGAUUAGAUGAGGUUUGCCUCAUUCGCCUUGGCAUGUUAAAACCUCACUGUCCUGUAUCUUUUGGUUUGCUGUCAAGAGGAGGACAUAUGUCGCUGAUGCUUCCUGGCUUCAAACAGACCAAGUCACUAGAUGGUGCCAUUGAACCAGGAAAAAAGCAAAUUCUGGGAAACAGUGCAUACAACGUGUCCAGGGCUGUCACAACUCAACACCUGCUGUCUCUCAUUUCUUUAGCCAAUACUUUAAUGAGUAUGACCAAUGCAACCUUCAUCGGAGAGCACAUGAAAAAAUUACCACAAAGACCACAGAAACCAAGCACCCUGGAGAUGACUAAAGGGAAACUUUCCCCUCCAGUCUCUUCCAUCACUGUACAGGGACAGAUCAAACAAGCUGCUGUUGCUGCCCAUGAGGCUGACUGCUCUGGCAAUGUUUUACAUAACUGCCCCUCAGUCAAUGAAGGCUGGAGUCAACUAGCAGCUAUGCAUUGUGUCAUGCUUCCUGAUCAUCUCGGACAGGACAAGUUUAGACCUCCACUUCUGGAGAUGUUAGCCCGACGAUGGCAAGAUCGUUGUUUAGAGGUGAGGGAAGCUGCUCAAGCUUUACUGUUGGCAGAGCUUCGAAGAAUUGAGAAAGAAGGAAGAAAGGAAACAAUAGACACAUGGGCACCCUACUUGCCACAGUAUGUUGACAACAUUAUGUCACCUGGUGUGACAACGGAAGCCAUGCAAGCUGUUAGCGCAAAUCCUGAUUUACAAGGGGCAGAUGCCAAAGUUCAGGAAGAAGAAUCUGAUUUAGCUGAUGAUGAUAUUACUGCAGGCUGUUUGCCAAGUUUUCUUACACAAACAAAGAAAUCAUCGUCAUCAUACGAGGAACGCCGCAAGCAGGCUACAGCCAUUGUCCUUCUCGGUGUCAUUGGAGCAGAGUUUGGUGCUGAGAUUGAACCUCCGAAGCUGCCAACUCGGACUCGGAACACCAAUCAGGUGCCAGAGGGCUUUGGACUGACCAGCGGAGGGAGCAACUAUUCCCUGGCUAGACACACUUGCAAGGCUUUGACAUUCCUCUUGCUGCAGCCUUCUAGCCCUAAGCUUCCAGCACACAGUACCAUCCGCAGAACUGCCAUUGAUUUGAUUGGUCGUGGUUUUACUGUGUGGGAACCUUACAUGGAUGUUUCAGCUGUGCUGAUGGGACUUCUAGAACUCUGUGCUGAUGCUGAAAAGCUUCUUUCAAACAUAACAAUGGGACUGCCGCUCAGCCCAGCAGCUGACUCUGCCCGCUCAGCACGUCAUGCUCUUUCACUUAUUGCUACAGCCAGACCACCAGCUUUCAUAACUACUAUUGCACGUGAGGUCCAUAGGCACACAGCUUUAGCAGCCAAUACACAGUCUCAACCCAAUGUGCACACCAGCAUCUUGGCUCGCGCAAAGAGUGAAAUUCUGCGGGUGAUUGAGAUACUUAUCGAGAAAAUGCCAACAGAUGUAGUUGACCUUCUUGUUGAGGUUAUGGACAUCAUCAUGUAUUGCCUCGAAGGAUCUUCGGUUAAGAAAAAGGGACUUCAGGAAUGUUUCCCUUCAAUUUGUCGGUUCUACAUGGUAAGCUACUGCGAGAGGAGUAACAGAAUAGCAGUCGGGGCUCGACAUGGCUCAAUGGCUUUAUACGACAUUCGCACAGGAAAAUGCCAGACUAUUCAUGGCCACAGUGGACCCAUAACUGCAGUGUCCUUUGCCCCUGAUGGAAGAUAUUUGGCCACAUAUUCCAACGCUGACAGCCACAUUUCCUUCUGGCAGAUGAAUACUUCACUACUGGGGAGUAUUGGUAUGCUGAAUUCUGCACCCCAGCUCCGAUGCAUGAAAACUUACCAAGUGCCCCCUGUUCAUCCUGCUUCUCCUGGUUCUCAGAAUGCACUGAAACUAGCCCGUCUGAUCUGGACCUCCAACCGUAAUGUCAUCCUUAUGGCGCAUGAUGGCAAGGAACACCGAUUCAUGGUUUGAAGCCACCACCUGGAUCACAUGAAAUGUACUAAAGAAAUAAAAAUGUGUGUGCUGUUGGCAAAGCUGGUUAAUGUUUACAUUAAGAUAGUAUUGUGUAGAUGUUUUUCAUAAAGUUUAUCAUAAUUUGCAAUGUCAACUUUCUGUGGGUUUUUGAAAAGAGAUGAAAUAGCUGCCCAACAGUUGUGUCCAAUUACUUAUUGUUUAUACCCACCAUUGUUAGUUUUAACCAUGUUUUGUUGUGGUUUCAAGCAUUUCUUCUCUCUUGCUAUUAUAAAAAUCUCAAAAAUGCAAUUGCUUGCAUGAUGCAUAUCUUACGCUGUGCACCAAAAUCUGGGCUCUCCUGCAGCUAUCCUAGGAAAACAGUGCAAGAUAGGAAGGACGAAAGUCAAGUUUUGACACCAACAAGCAGUUAGACUGAGAGGACAAUUCCUAAGAGUCAUCAAAAUGGUGCAGUGGCUUUCAUUUCAAGGGUUUAAACUUGAAAUAAUACAGGGCUAAUGGAAUAAAGAGGCCCGACAUAAAAUGAGUUGAUAAACUCUCAGCUCAGUCUCUAGUGAUGAUGGGGGACGCCAUGAUACUGCCCUAACUAGCACUCAAAAAGGUCCAAUAAAAGUUACUUGGGUAGUGGGAAAGGACUUAAAGAUGCAAUAUAAUUUACUUUUCUGGAGUUGAAGAAAAGCCAGGAAGCAUUAGUCUGCAUUUAACAAUCCUAUACCCAAUAUACAUUAUUGGAGUAUUUGUGACAGACAUUGGGCAACCAAGAUGGAAUUUUAUUUCACUUCCAACAACUGGUGGAUUAGAUAAUUUGACCUGAUCCCGUGUCUUUUUCUCCGUCAAGUUUCUCCAUUUUCAACUGAUCUAGCACCUCAGUUAAGGAGCUUAGUUCAUUGACGUUGAAGUUCUUAAUUUUUUGUCUCAACACUGUCAAUCCCGGGCAACAUCUUCAUGAGUUUUCCAUCCAGAUUACGAGUUAUCAUCAUCCUGCUGGCAGUGGAAGUUCUCAAGUUUUUUUUAAGGGGUAACAUGAGCGACUAGCAUAAGGUACAGAAUACAGUAGUAAAUUGCCUCUGACAUAGAAUUUGAGGCAAUUCCCAGUCAUUUGGUGUGUGUGUAUCGUAGGAAACUUAAAACCCACAACAGAUGUUCUAUUCAAAGGACAGUUGAAUCCUCUUCAGUUCUACAAAGAUCAUUAUAAUCAUUUUAAUCAUCAGUUACAAACAGCAAAUGUUUACAGUAGCUUUGAAAAACUAAAAACUGGGACCACUUUAGCUUGCUUUCUCACAUUAUUAUUUUAAAUUAAAUUAAAUCCAGUACAGUGUAACUUUACAGCUGCAUUCAAUCCCUGUUAUACAUAACUAGCUAAUGCAUAUGAGGGACUGGUGUAAAGGGUAGAGUAUGACUUAUUGAAUUUAUAGGUUUGCACAAAUUUGCAUGUCACUGAUACAUAAAAUACUUAUUGUUGGAAAUCCUGUUGGAUGCUUUGGAAAGGUGUUGCAAGGAUCGUUUGUGCAAUGCAUGUUGUAUGAGGAAAUCAUAGAAUUACAACUUCUUGAAAAAUUUGGCCUUUUUCACCAGUUCAAAAAAAAAUUGUCAAUGAUUUCAUACUGUUAACUAGCAGUAGAGCGAGUGACCCUUAAAUACUUUUAAAAUACUAUUAGAGCAAGUAUAUCAACAGCAUUUUUCCCCAAGUUAAAUCUGUGUAUAUUAUUGAAUUAUCUGCACAGACACAGCAAAAUCCUCAUUAAUGAAUAUCUGAAUAGAAGCAAUCAGCAAAUAUAGCUGUUUGAAAGGAGUUCAUGCUAUGGUGCCCUAGUAUAUUAAAUGACUUUUCUUCUUAAAUCUGACCUACUUCAAAUAUAUAAUGCUGAGAAGGAUGCUUCUGAAUGCUACAUUUGGUAAUAAAGUAUCUAAAAUACUUUCAAAUCUGGUUCCUAUUUUGUUAAAUGUAGGAAAAAUUAUCUUGAAACCCUGCUCAAGCUGUAAUGAUAAAAAUGCAAAACCUUGUCCUCUGCAGAGGUCAUGUGAUAUUGACGAUGCCUGUAAUUUGAACUAGAUGUCAUAAAGAGUAUGGUUUGGGCAAAACUGUCACUUGUCUAUUCACUUAACAGCAAUUUAUGACUGAAAGGAUCAUUAAAUGACUGAAUACAGUGGGUGGAUGCAUAAUUCUUCUGUGCUAAUAAAAGCCUUUUAUUUGUCAGAAAUUCAUUCAAGGGCAAAGGCUAACUUAAAUUUUUUAAUGAAGGAGAAAAUUACCUUUAUUAAUUCCAGGCAAAAUGUUCAGUAUUUCUUCAAAGGAACUACCCCCUCUUAAGUUUCCUCUGACAGAUGGUUCUUUUUCAUACUGAUUUAAUAUUUAUGCUUCAUGGCUUUAAAUGUGUAUCGAGAAGGUUUUGUCAUAUUGUGCAUUUUGAGUUCAGCGUUCUGCUCACGUACAAAAUUAAUUUACAAGCAUCUUUGAUGAACAGAUCCAAAAUCACACCAUUUUACAGAACAAGGGUAAGGCUGUCUUUCUUGUCUGCCUUUUUGCCAUAUGGCAUUUUUACCUUUUCCAAAAAUGUUUUUUUUUUAAUUUACAAUGACUCCUGCUCCCACCACAGUUGCUUAUAAUAGCCGAUGUCCGAAUGAUGUUUUACAAAUAAAAAUAUUCUAUCAAUCUUC